AGGUGUCAGAAGCUGUCGGCGGAAGUGCGUGCUCACAAACAGGAGGUAUCGCCACAAGGAAUCUACAGCUGAGAAAUCGAGUGAUCCGAAAGGAGAUUUUCCUAAUAAAACAAUAUCCCUCCACCGGGUUAAACUGCCUUUGAAUGCACCAUGAAGCCUCAGCUGGCAGGGGCCAAGAAGCGCCUGAAAGCAGCCGGAUCCGAGGCGGCUCUGUCUCUGCAACAGGAGCUUGUGGCAGCCAUACAUGGCGCGUUUGAAGUGGCUGUGGAAAUCGCAGUUCGAGAGGUGACAAAGCUCGUAAGUGAGGCCACUGGAGAUGCCUAUGUGGAGAUACAACGAGAGAACGAGUCACUCAAACAAAGACUGCAGAGAGCUGAAGCUAAGCUGGAGGAAAGAGGUGGUAGCUCUCCUCGUACCAAGCAGCACUUGAACGCCACAAGCCGCACAGAUCAACCACCUCACCUGAAAUGCAAUCAGAAAAGCUCUAAUCCCAAUGUGGACAUCGUGUUUAGUGGCACUGGGGUCAAAGAUCAUUCUCCUGUAGUAGGUCAGACUCACAGCCGUGUACACCAGUUCCCUGACCCCCAGUCAACACACGAGGAGCAGAUAUCAGGUGACUCAAACACUCAGCAUGUCAGUGAAGCAGCCUCAGAGAGAGCAGAUGAUGGAGGAGCUGUUGCCUGCCUGCUUGCCUUUACUGAAGAAGUCAGUGAUGAGAUCUCCCAUCUGGUAAGGGUAGAAAGUAUCAACCAGCCAUGCAGAGAACAAACAGCUCAUUACUCGCCACUGUUUCCCAGUGUGGAUGAAGAGUCUAGUGUAGACAAUGUGGCAAUAAAGCAGGAGAUCCUAGAAGAGGGGGAAGACGAUUCAGCCUUCUGUUUGGACUCGAUGAAAGUGGAGGAUUUCAGCCCGGACUGCAUGUCAGCGAUCCAGGCUGAAAUGCUGGUGGAGUGUAAACCAGAAGUCCUGGAGGGACAGAUCGACGAAUCAAGCGCUCCUCUGUCCUGCACCAGACUGGCUCAGGAGUUACCAAACAUCUUCCCUCUGGCAGAACCAGCUCCCAUCCCAGAAGCGCCCCCACAGGGUUAUGUCCACAGGAGGAAUAGUCGCAACCUCGGCCACCCCGCCACCAACCUCUAUGCCUGCAAGUCCUGCGGCCAGUCGUUCCCCCUGCCCAGCCUGCUGAGGCGGCACCACAGCCAGUGCCAGCAGAGGCUUCAGCACUGCUAUCCGCCGGUAGAUGGAGACAAGAGGCCCAAACUGCAGCUUUUCCCCCCGGGCUGCAGCCCCUUCCGCUGCACUGAGUGCAACCGAGAGUUCAACCGCUUGGAGAACCUCAAGACUCACCUUCGCAUCCACACAGGAGAGAUGCCGUACAAAUGCUCGGUUUGCUCCAAGUGUUUCCGUCACUCCGGGGCGUUAACCAGGCACUUCCGCAUCCACACAGGAGAGAAGCCUUACAUCUGCGGACAGUGUGGGAAGUCCUUCAGGAACUGUGGGGGGCUUAAAUUCCACCAGCGAUCACAUAGCAAGCAACUACAGUAGUUUUUUUAGAUUCAUGGACAAAGCAAUUUUUAAAUGGUCAAAUCAUUUUUGUGCAAAAGUGAAAAGUGGGUUAAUAUUUUAUCAGAUACUUUACAUAUUUAUGGCACACAUAUUUAGUCUUAACUGAAACCUGGGUGACAUUUGUAUCAUCAUUAGUCAAAACUUUAUUUAACAGGUCUUACCUCUGAGAUCCCAUGUUUUUUCAAGAGCUCUCAACCAGAAAGUAGGAUCAGUUUAAUUGAUAAGAACUCUCAAGUGUAUCAUAUUGAAGUCAAACCAUAGAUUAUUCUUUGACUGAAACAAAAACGAUUAGCUGUAUUUUCAGUGAUGUUCAGUGUCUUCUCAUUUGUAGAAAAAUAACAGAAAUACAAUGUAUUGAAAAUGUAGCAGUGCAAUCAGCCACAACUGCGUAUGAUGGCUCAGUAGACACUUAUUGAUAUGAAGUGUUUGGAACCUUUCAGUGUAACUCUACUCAACUUGUUUCAUGAGAGUUAUUAAAUAAUCUUUUUUUUUUUUAAUAACAAGUAUUGUUUUUAAAGUUGUUUUUUUCACUGAUGUCUCUUGAUAUAAUUUCAUGGAAACUAGGGACAACAAUUCAAAUUUAAGAUUUGGUUUUAAGCAGAGGUAGAAAGUAUAUUCAAGCCACGAAUGGCAUGAGAUGUAUCAAGGUCAAGUAAAAAAAUAGCAUCUUUGGAGUCGUAGACACUCAGACUGCCAGGAGAGGGCGAAAAAUCACUGUGUAAUCACAAUCUUGUUUUAAAAGAUAUGGUUGUUGGUAAAUGUGAGACAUUUGCCGUUAUUACUUAUAAUUCACAUUAACCCAAAUGCAACACAUGUUCAACUCACAAAACAUACUCAGUCAGUAACAAGGAUUCCUAAAACCUGCAUCAUCAAAUUUUCUUUCCCUCACGGAGAAUCUCUCUAAGUUGAAGGUUUGAUUUGCAUAGGUAUGAAACAGAGCUCCAAAUCUCUAAAUUGUAAACUCAAACCUUUAUCACAGCUAAACUGUCAGGUGAAUUACUUUCUGCUGUGUUGGAAUGUGUUUCUCUCCGUCAAUGACAACUUUCCUCUCUGCCAUGUUGAAGUGUCCUCAAGCUGUGCUACUAUGAAACUGCCUCACUCCUUUAACAAUACAUUAUAUUGCUAAUAAAUUAAGUCUACUUCAGCUCAGAAAUGGGAUUUGCUCGUUGUUACAUUCCAGGUUCUCUGUACUCACAUUCAAUUUGAGUUUAAGGUACAUGUACACAUACGUACAUAUAUUUUAUAACAUCACAGCUAGAAAGCCAAUCAUGGUCCAAUAAGCAAAUUGAUGUUGAAACUGAAGUAUAAAGGGACAAAUAUGGGAAUAGGGGACAUUUAAUAUCCUUUAGUUAAACUUUUGAAAUUGAACAAACAUUUGCCUAUUAAUACUUCUUGCUUCUGGAGUAGCCUAAUUGUAAUACAAAAAAUAUACUAUAUCAGAUGCAUGUAUUUUUCCUUCAUGUAAUGGGACUGCUACACUUUUUUUUUUUCUUGCCUUUUUACAUAACUCAUUUGCCAAAUGAUCAGAAUAAAAACAAUUGCUA